AUGCCAAGAUCAAAUCCAAUACCUCCAAUGUGUGGCUGUGGAUUGAGCACCAUUGUGAAAACGUCAUGGACUCCACAGAAUCCAGGUCAAAGAUAUGCGGAAUGCCUGCUUGCUCAGGGAUGCGAGUAUUCAAAAUGGAUAGAUGAAGAAAUGUGUCUGCGUUUAGUGGAGAUUAUACCUGAGUUGCUUCGACGAAUCAAUCAAAUGGAGAAACAACUCAAAAAUGCUGAAGAGUCAGCACAAAAGUGGGAGUGCAAAGCAGCAAAAUUGCAGACAAAGGUUCAAAGGUUGGAAAGGAAGUUUGUCGUAGCUCUUGCAAUCACCUACAGCUUUGUGUUAGCAUGA